CCGCCGCGGGGAGAGCGAGCUGGGAGCGGAGCGGCCGAGCCGGCCCCAGGGGUGACGGAGGCGGCCGGAACCGCUGAGAGCGGAGGGGCGUGCGCCGGGCCGGGCGGUGCCAUGCGGAGGCGCUGGUAGGGGAGCGCCGGGGGAGGGGGGCUUUGCGGGGCCGUUCGGAGGCAGCCAUGGCCUCGAAUUGCGCGGGGGGAUCGGCGGCGGGGAGCGGCGGAGCGGCUCUAGGCUCGGCACUCAGCGCCAGCAAAACCAAGACCAAGAAGAAACACUUCGUGUGCCAGAAGGUGAAGCUGUUCCGGGCUUCGGAGCCGCUGCUCAGCGUCCUCAUGUGGGGGGCCAACCAUACGAUCAACGAACUCAGCAACGUUCCUGUCCCUGUCAUGUUGAUGCCUGAUGAUUUUAAAGCCUACAGUAAGAUCAAGGUGGACAAUCAUCUGUUCAACAAGGAAAACUUGCCCAGUCGCUUUAAAUUUAAGGAGUAUUGUCCUCUGGUGUUCCGAAACCUCCGGGAAAGGUUUGGGAUUGAUGACCAGGAUUACCAGAACUCGGUGACACGAAGUGCCCCAGUGAACAGCGACAGCCAGGGCCGAUGUGGGGCCCGGUUCCUCACCACCUACGACAGGAGGUUUGUCAUUAAGGCCGUGUCGAGUGAGGAUGUAGCAGAGAUGCACAACAUCUUAAAGAAGUACCACCAGUUCAUAGUGGAGUGCCAUGGGAACACCCUUCUGCCCCAGUUCCUCGGCAUGUACCGGCUCACCGUGGAUGGAGUGGAAACCUACAUGGUGGUUACCAGAAACGUGUUCAGCCACAGGCUGACAGUGCACCGAAAAUACGACCUGAAGGGCUCAACAGUGUCCAGGGAAGCAAGCGAUAAGGAGAAGGCCAAGGAUUUGCCGACAUUCAAGGACAACGACUUCUUAAAUGAGGGACAGAAGCUGCAUGUUGGGGAAGAGAGCAAAAAGAACUUCCUGGAGAAGCUGAAGCGGGACGUGGAGUUCUUAGCUCAGCUGAAGAUCAUGGACUACAGCCUGCUGGUUGGGAUCCACGAUGUUGACCGAGCAGAGCAGGAAGAGAUGGAAGUGGAGGAUCGGGCAGAGGAUGAGGAGUGUGAGAAUGAUGGCCUCGGAGGGAACCCCAUCUCCUCGUAUGGAACCCCCCCAGACAGCCCUGGCAAUCUCCUCAAUUACCCUCGCUUCUUUGGGCCUGGAGAGUUUGAUCCCUCUGUUGAUGUCUAUGCCAUGAAAAGCCACGACAGUGCCCCCAAGAAGGAAGUGUACUUCAUGGCCAUUAUAGACAUCCUUACACCGUAUGAUGCAAAGAAGAAAGCUGCACACGCUGCCAAAACAGUGAAACAUGGGGCUGGGGCAGAGAUCUCCACCGUGAACCCGGAGCAAUACUCCAAACGCUUCAAUGAGUUCAUGUCCAAUAUCCUGACAUAGUCAUCUUCAGCCUUCAGAGGAACGCGAGGAGAAGAGGGGCUGCUUCCCAGAGGAGAACGCAGCCUGUGACACUAAAACAGACUCUGUAGCAGCAUGUGGGGUGUGUGAGUGAGUGAGUGAGUGAGUGGCACUGCGUGACUUCAGAGACAACGUAUUUUCAGUGCACCCCUCCGACAGCCCACAUCGGCCAGGUGGGAGAAAAGGGGGGAAGAAGGGGGGGGGGGGGGUUUGUUACAGAAGUGCCCAGACAUCAAUUUGAGGGCUUUUUAAAACAAGAAAAGUGCAUUGUUGCCAGCACUGCUCUUCCUGACGGUGUUUCCUCCUCUCUGACCAAGGGACUCCCAGGGAUGUGACAUGAGGCGCUGCGCCUGGGGGUCACUCGAGCUCAGCUUUACUUCAGAGUAAAGCAGUGCCUGAUGCCACAAACUCCUUUUUUUUUUUUUUAAUUAAUUAAUUACCAUCGAAUUGUCUUUGCAAGAAUGACCUCCAAGCCCUUUUACUUCCCUCGCUCUAAGAAUUGGAAGGAAAAUCGCUCGCCGUCUGGAGGAUGGAAAAUAUGACACUGAUAAGGAGGAGUCGCUGAACUUUAGGUGAAUUCAGACUGGGACACUUUAUAUCUUUUGGUUAAUUUAAGUAACAAAAAUAUGUUGGUUGUUGUUUUUUGUGUUUUUUUUUUUUCUUUUGUAUCUGCACUCGAUUUACAAGAAAGAUGAGGGAAAUGAACAUCUACCAAAGAUGAUCACUAAGAGAGGGCUUUGCUCCCGGAGCCUAAAAAAGCAAUGUGAGAAGCAUUAAGAGACACUGAACACCAUCGGAUGGCGAUGUGCUCAGACCCAGAGUGCUGCACCAUCGGCCAGCUGUGAAGAUGAUGUGAAAGGACAAAAAAGCAAAGCUGUGUCCCUGUAGGUGUGGGACAACACCUGACUGCCUGGAACCUUUCCCCACGCGCCGCAGUUGGGAGUUGCUGUGUCUCUUUGGUUCGUAGCUUCGUGUCUGCAGUUCAGUGUUCAUCCAGCUAACGUUGUGUCUUCCUCAUUCGCUCGGUCUGCAGCAGGCAUGCUUGGAUUUGCUUCCUGAUGGAGGGUUGUGGGUUUGUUUUUUGCCAUGGUGAUGUGAUUGUGCCCGGAGCUGUGGCUGUGUGCUCCUCUCUGAGCAGUAUGGAAGGAUGGGAAUACAUCCCCCACUCCCCCCCUUUUCCCCCCCUAAACUCCAGCCAGGCUUUGAGGCUUCUGUGGGCUCCAUUCUCAGCACUGCACGACGCUGAUGGACCUUUGGGUUCCUUCCUUCGUUUUCUUUCUCAGCAGGAUUCGGCGUCUUGAACAAAACUCGCCGUCGCGACGCGUUGCUUAUCUGCCUUGAACUGUUUUCACAAAUGCCUUUGUUUUGGGAUGAAGCUCUUUGGGCUGCCUGCCCCGUGCUGUAACACCCUGCAGGGCUCACUCCUUUUGGGGGAUCUCUGGUGCUCAUUGCAUCCCAGCUGUGUCCCCGUGGGCUCCUGGCUCUGGUAUGGGAUGCGGGAUCCGGGCAGUUCUUGUGAUGCAGUCUGAGUGCCACCACUCUCAGCUUGGAAGGGGACACAAGGGCCUCGAGCUUCAGCCCAUAGAGGCACGCUGUAAAUAGGGCACUCACAGAGUCAGAAAUGACCAUCGGGGGGUCACAGAGGGACGCAGACCUUUGUGGCCAUUUGUGGGGCAGCCUCAGAACGAGAGAGAACGCUUUCAAAAGGGAGGAUGGGGGGCCGUGCUGUGGGCGUUCUGUUGGUUGCUGAGCUCUUUGCAAGCAAGAAAAUAAGCACUUAACGUUUACUAUCCCUUAAGAAUUUGACACCCAUUGCUUUUUAUUCUGGAUGGUUUGAAGAAUCUGCAUUGGAGCCGCAGCUUUGGCCCAGGGAGCUCUGCUGGGCCGCGAGCCGCCUCCUUUUAAACCGAUCAUCUUUAAAUCGUGUAUUUAUAAAAUAAUAAUAAUAAUAAUAAUAUAAAAGGAGAGGAGAGGGUUGGGGGGAUGGGGGGA